GAAUUUUAUUUUUAAAAUACAAUUCAUGAAAUGUUUUGACUGAAUUUUGUUUUCUUAAAGUAAAAAAGUUCAGGAAUGUUAUUUCAGGCGUAGUUUGACAUAUAGUAUCCAGGCUUAACAGAUGUUUAUUUUUUUUUAAAGUGAACGUAUCUGAACAUUGCAUAUGUACGUCUGUUCCUCCAAAUCUGCUAGAUAAAUAUACACACAUCCUUCUCUCUGGUUCAUAUACAGAGAAAUGGUUUUGUGUUUAUAAGUUACCAGGGUGUAAAAGGCUUAGAAACAUUCUAGAACAUGAAGUGCCACAAGUGCACAACGGGAACAGGCUAUUAUAUUUAUAUUGAUGUUAUUUGUCUUACCAGGUUGCAUUUGUGAUGUGUUAAGAUCACACUUACCUGGUUUAUUUCCAUAAUUUUCUGCUGGGAUGUAAGAGAUUAUUUGCAACCAUUAUUAUUGAUAGUUUUCGUACCUUAGGAAUUAACUUCUCUUUUAUGUUGGAUGCAAAAUCCUUUAGUUUGUACACAAUUAGCUUGCAUUUGCUUUAUCUCUUCAAACCAUAUAAAUUCUCAUUGACAAACUGUGCACAGAAGUAACUUCCAGGAAGACUGUUAUGGUAUUUCUGAUACAUUAAGAGUAAUUUGUGUGUAGAUCCACAGGAUCAAAAUGAAGGCCAUUGGGGAUUUAUGGUUUUGAGGAAUGUAAGAAAAUGCUUUUGUAGGUCUCUUGGUAUGCUAAAACCUUUGGCUUUCUGAAAUUUAACCAUGAAGUACUGAGAAUGUAAAAUAUGUUUUCAUCAAAACCAAUGUGUUGAUGAAUUUAAAUAAACUAAUUACAGCAUAUCUUUUUUACCUUACAUAUUUAUUGACAAAGAUUAGUGUUACAGAUAGAAAUCCAUAAUUUACUUGUUAAUCUGUUCCCUUCUGGUUUGCUCACCAAGCUUGCUGUAAAAAUAUAUUUAUAUAUUCUAAGCUUAUACGUUAGUAGGUGCCAUUUUCUGAAUUUAAAAAUAGACUGCAUGUGUUGCAUAAAAUGCCUUUGGGCAGGAGAGAAGGAAGGAUAUCUCUCUGGUUGACAUGGAACAUAAAAAAUCUCAAAUAUGCUAGAGCUAAAUAUACCGAUAAGCUACAGGGGAAAAUGAGUUAAAAUGUAUUGAGCUUGGUCUUAUUAGCACUUUAAAUGCCAGCAUACCCAACCUUUUAUUUCAGAAAUAAUCACUAUUUGGUAUGAAGACAACUCAGACCUUGUAGCUUGUGCAAACAAAGGAAAUAUUUCUUUAGAGCCUCAUUACAGGGAGCGACUGUGGUUUGCUCUUUGUUCUGCCAGCUGUCUGCAGCACUGGUGCAGGAAAUGGAAGCUGGAAUGUUUAAAUAAACUUUAGAUGCUGAAGCCCCAGAAGCAUUUUGAAGCACUUAUUUUUAAAAGUAAGUCUGAAGCAGAUGUAAAUGAGCACAGCUGGUUUUUUUGUGAUGGCUCAGGGUGAUACACCUGGGGAUGUGAGGCUGCGCUGCUUCCUUUGGAUUAGUUCAUCAUCACAGGGAAAGGUGUGAGAUUGUUGCAGGCUUAAGAAUAUGAUCACUGCAGCAGGAGGCCCUAGCUGAAGGGACAAGGUUGGCCUGCCUGCUUAUCCCCCAGUUAUAUCUGAGUUGGUGAGAUCUGUUAUGACAAGCCAGGGAAGAAAUCCUAGGAGGGUUAUCAGAAAGGUAACAUGUUUUUCUGUCACUGUAAUUACACUGGCAACAGAGGAGUAUUCUUAAAUGCAUUUAUAAGCUGCGCGUUUUAAAGUUUAUUGGCAAGUGAGUUUAAAAUAAAAAGAUUAAAGGACAGGAAUAUAAUACUGUUAAUACUGUUCAGCCAAAUGCAGCUUGUUUUCAGCUGGCCACGUACCUGGAGUGUCUGACCUGUGUAGGAAGAAGCUGGAAAGAGGCAGGUCAGCAGGCACUGACUGUGUGCGGCAAGAUGCUCAGGGGUAUGUGGAGACACUCCGUGGUGGCCAAGAGAGUGCGGGGCAGGCUUUUCUUCUUGUGUGUGUGAUUAUGCAUGAUGAGCAUGGCAUAAUGGCAGAGGAGCUGUCAUGGCUGGUGCUCAGUAAGAAACAUUUAACAAACAGGCAGCAGAAUACAGAGAUUGGAACGGGCAGGCUUGAUGUCCUCCAGCGUAGCUCCUGCCCAUGAAUGAAGGUUGCACACUGCCAGAGACGCAUGGAAUCACAUUUCGAAUUCAAAUCAGUGUGAAAGAACUGCUGGAUACAGAUGUACUUUUAAAGCUGUUAUUCCAUUUACCAGUCAAUUAUCCAUCAACUCCUCCAGAUAUUUCUGUUAACUCAGACCAGCUUACUAGGGCCCAGUGUAUGGAUGUGAAAGAUAAAUUACUUGAACAAGCAAAGAAGCAUCUUUCUGAACCCAUGGUACAUGAUCUGAUUCUUUGGAUACAGCAGCAUCUUAAAUAUGUCAUUAAGCAAUCAGCAACAUUUUGCAAUGAAGAAACUACUUUGUCAAAAGGAAAGAGUACAGAAGAUGGGAUCUGGAUGCUUCUUUUGCAUUUAGAUCACAUGAGAGCAAAGGCAAAAUACGUCAAAACUGUGGAAAAAUGGGCUUCAGAUCUAAGGCUGACUGGAAGACUGAUGUUCAUGGGCAAGAUAAUAUUGAUUCUUCUUCAGGGUGACAGGAGCAACAUUAAGGAGUACUUGAUUCUUCAGAAAACUUCUAAGGUAGAUGUGGACUCAAGCGGAAAGAAAUGCAGAGAGAAAAUGAUUAGCGUGCUGUGUGAGACAAAAGUACAGGAACAGCAUAAAAGGUUUCAGACGUUUGAAGUCAAAGAAUAUUCAACACUGGAUGAGCUACAAAAGGAAUUUGAAACUGCAGGACUUACAACUCUUUUCUCUGAGUUUGUGCCUCCCCUCAUAAAGUAAAAGUGAAAGUGAACGCUUUGACCAAAGCAGUAGUCGACUGCCAAUGCUGAUGGAAGAUAAAAGCAAACAAUAUUAAAGCUUUUCUGCAAAAAAUUCCAGAAGUAGCCAUCCUCUUGAAAGAAGGAGAAGGCAGUUCAUGCAUCAAGAAUGGAUACUUUUUUUACAUUUAUAUAUUGAAAACUUUUUUCAAGGAAGGUGGGGUUAAUUGUUAUAAUUGCAUGGCAUGCAUGAGAAAUUAGGAGGAAAUCAUGUUAAAAUCAUAGUCUUCUAUCUACUCUCUGUUUUGCAAUCUGUUUUUCAGUGUUUCGUUUUUUAUCUCAUGGUAGUGGUUUUUCAUAAUGGCCUGUUAGAAAGCAUGAUUAAUUUUGCUUUGAAAGCUUAUAUGAAGAUAUUUCUAUAAAAAGUAUAAGAAAAACAGACUUGAACGUGCCUGAGCAGCAUAUACUUAAAAUACUUCAGGUGUUCUUCUGCUAGGUUUUCCUUCUGCAUUUAUUUGACUGUAAAUGCUAAACUGUUGAUUUAAAGAAAAAAAUAAUGUCAUACGGGGACGGGAAAAUCUUAAAGUGUCAUUAUGAAUGUUAGUUUUUAUUCUAGAAUGUAUAAAAACACCCAAGUGGAGAAUUUAAAUUUAUUAAAAAGCUAAUGUAAAGCAAA